AUCGCUCAACGAUAAUGAUUCGUUGACGAACCUUGAAAAAGUGUUUUGCCGAUCAACGAACAGAGUGAACAUGAGAGUUUUGUUUCUGCUGGUAGUGGCGAGUUGGCUGACAGCCGGAGGGCAAGCGAGUAUCUGGCCUUAUCACGGAUCGGCAACAGGUGCCGUAAUCGACGACUACUACGACGAACCGAGGCACCACCACAUUAAUGCUCCUGUCAUUGGCAGUCUCGCCGCAAACCCGAUUGUCGUCACGGGUCCCGUCACCUCGUCAAAAGCCAUUGUCGGACCUUCCGAAGGACCUGUCUUAGUGCAAGGACCUCGCGAGGGCUCAGCCGCAGUAGUCGGUCCAAGUCAAGGAGCAGUCACAAUAGUUGGUCCAACUCAAGGAGCAGCAACAGUUGUGGGUCCCACCGACGGGGGCGCAAAAAUCAUCGGACCUACAGCAGGAGCAGCGACAAUAAUCGGUCCGACCGGGGGCGGAUCGGUAAUCGGGCCAUCAUCGGGUGGAUCCAUAGUGGUUGGUCCAACCGCCGGUGGCGCAAAAAUCAUCGGACCAACAGCAGGCGGAGCAACGAUUGUCGGGCCAACAGACGGAGCUGCGACUAUCGUCGGUCCGACAGCGCAAGGUGCAACGAUCGUCGGACCAACCGACGCUGGCGCGACAAUCAUCGGUGCACAGGCGCCGGGUGCUACGAUCGUUGGUCCUUCGGUGGAUAGCCACAGUCAUCACGUCAUCGAGACACCUGUGGUACAACAACACGUUCAUGUCGUUGGCUCGACUGUGCAAGACGCUUACGCGCACGCCGAGGCUCACGCACACGCCGAGGCACAUGCUCACGCGGACGCCCACAACUACGUAUCGCAGCCCAUCUACCAUCAUGUCAAUUACGUGGAGCGGCCCGUUUACAUCAAAGAACGACCAGUAUACUAUCAGCACAAUCAUCCGAUAGCAGUGAAAGAGAUCUAUGACGAGCACAAACACGUCGUCUGCGCACCCAACCUAUCCGGUUGGAGCGCCUCGGCAGCAGCACGAGCAGUCGCCUCGGCAGCUUCCCGUUACGGUCCAGUUCACGUGUCGUCCGUUGAAGGUCGGCCGGUGGUCACCAUCUCCGGACCGAAUUGUGCGCCACACGACAACCACAUUCAUCGCGAAGUUGUUCACCAUCACCACGACCACUACCCGAACACACCAAUCGCCAUCAAAGGGCCAUCAUCCACGGGCACAGUUAUCAGAGGACCAUCCGGUGAAAUCAUUUCAACGAACGGCGUCGUCGACGAGGUUUCGGUACACAGGAGACCUGUGCAAUGGUAUCCCGUUCGUUAUAGCAAAUGUUGAGCUACCCGCUGUAAAUGAUUUUGCCGCUAAUUCACUCAACGCGCAAUUUGCGGCCAAACUUCGUGGUGUGUCAUUUAAAUAAAAACAAGAGAAAAAACGGUUAUUUUUUU